GCUUUUGUCAACAGCACAGCAGAUUCUCUGCCAGACACUGUGUGUAGACAUGUCUGCCGCUAGCUGUCUGCUGACUGAAGACCAGUUUCUGUGCUCUAUCUGUCUGGAUGUGUUCACUGAUCCGGUGGCCAUACCAUGUGGACACAACUUCUGCAAAAGUUGCAUCACUCAGUACUGGGAUGUUAAUCUCACAUGUCACUGUCCCAACUGUAACAGUGUUUAUAACACAAGACCUGAGCUGCAGGUCAACACCUUCAUCUCUGAGAUGGCUGCUCAGUUUAGACAGUCAGCUCAGCAGAAAGCCAGCAGAGGCUGCUCAGAGCAAAGAGCUGCUGAAACAGGAGAAGUUCCCUGUGACAUCUGCACUGGGACCAAAGUAAAGGCCCUGAAGUCCUGCCUGGUGUGUCUGGCCUCCUACUGUGAGACUCACCUGGAGCCUCAUCUGGCAAUGUCAGGCCUGAAGAGACAUCAGCUGAUCGAGCCUGUGGACAACCUGGAAGACAGGAUGUGUAAGAAGCACGACAAGCUGCUGGAGUUGUUCUGUCAGACCGAACAGGAGGCUGAGAUUCAGCAGAUGGUCCAGGGGAGACGGCUGAAGAUUCAGGAGAUCAAACGCUCAGUGGAGCUCAGUAACAAAGAUGCAGACAGAGAGAUAGCAGAAGGUGUUCAGGUCUUCACUGCUCUGAAGGAAUCUGUUGAGAGAGGCCUGGCUGAGCUCAGGGAGACGAUCAGAGAGAAGCAGAGAACCACAGAGAAACAGGCUGAAGGCUUCAUCAGAGAGCUGGAGCAGGAAAUCUCUGAGCUGGAAAAGAGAAGCUUGCAGGUGGAACAGCUCUCAUGGUCUGAAGACCACCUCCACCUCAUCCAGAGUCUCUCAUCACUGAAUACUGCUCCACCCACCAAGGACUGGACAGGAGUCAGGGUCCAUCCUCCGUCGUAUGAGGGGACUGUAGUGAGAGCUGUGGCUCGGUUGGACGAGAUGCUCAGUGAAGAGAUGAAGACUCUGUUUGAGGCCGAACUGAAGAGGGUGCAGCAGUAUGCAGUGGAUAUGGUGUUUGGUCCCUAUGGACAACAGGCAAAUAAAAGACAUGACUGUAGAUGUGUCUUAUCCAACAGUGAUGUCUCUUAUGGAAGAGUUUACUUCGAGGUUAAGGUUGAAAUGUGGCCUACAUGGACUGUAGGUGUGACCAAACACUUCAACACGACCAGAGAAAUCACACUGAGCCCUACAGAUGGUUACUGGACUGUAUGUGCGAAGCAGAUAGGAGGGUAUUUUGCAGCUUCUGACCCAUCCGUCCGUCUCUCUGUGAAAUCGUCGCCGAGGAAGGUGGGGGUGUUUGUGGAUUAUGAGGAGGGUCUGGUCUCCUUUUAUGAUGCUGCUACUGCAGUUCUUAUCUACUCUUUUACUGGCUGCCACUUCACUGAGUCCCUCUACCCAUUCCUCAGUCUCUGUCCUAAUGAUGGUGUUAAAGGCUCCUGGUGGAGUUUUAUUUUCAGACAACACAAGUUAUGCUUACUGUGAGUGUCACUCAUCAAAAUGCUUGUGUGUGUUCUUGAGCUCUAACAAAUGUGUUGAAUGGUUUUGCAUCCUCAGAACAGUUUAUAGUCCUGUUUACUACCAGUCUCUUCUGUGUUUGUUGACGUGUUGCUGUGUUCCCUGGCACACGACCGACUAUAGGUCAAAUGAAUUGUGUGAAACCAUUUGGCAGUAAUGUGAAUCUCAUUGUCUAUGUGAAGUUGUGUCUUUGUGCAUGUCCACAAGACAAACACAUGGGGAUCCACUCAAAGUCUGGUGUCGAUGACAGAAACCAAACAAGGAACUUUUAAAUUCAUAAAAAUAUUACAAACAAAACAGUUUUUUCUC